AUGCUUUCAAGACAAGGUCUUGCAUUUAGGGGUGAUGGAAGUGAAGAAAAUGGUAAUUUUAAUCAAAUUGUGCUUUUAUUAUCUAAACAUAAUGCUGUAUUAAAAAAGUGGCUUGAUGAUAAAGCAUUUAGAAAACAUAAUGUCACUUAUAUGAGUCAUGAUUCACAAAAUGAGUUUAUCGACUUAUUAAGUAAUGAAGUAAAAAAAAAAAUUAUUCAAGAAGUAAAAGAAGCAGAUAUAUAUUCGGUGAUGGCAGACACCACACCUGAUAUUUCACAUCGAGAUCAGCUAUCAGUCUGUGUUAGGUAUGUGAAUGCGGCUGGGGAAAUAUCAGAAAGGCUCCUGGAAAUAAUUGAAGCAUCAGACAAAACUGGAUUAGGUAUCGCAGAAACAAUUGAAAGUGGCAUAAUUAACAAUGAAUUGCCCCCAAAAAAUGUUGUUUUUUCAAUCAUAUGA